AAAUUGGGGUGAUGCAAAACACCUAGUUCGUGUAUGCGGUAUGGCAAUCAAUUCAGUGAAUAUAGACCAUUCAGAAUUGUUAUUUCAAAUUGUAUUACGUGCAGUCGGUGAAAUUGGAUUACCUGUUAAACAGUAUAAAGAUAUGACUGUGAAAAUCAAUUCACGUCGAGCACUACUCAAAGAUUCAAUGAAGGAUGUUCAGUCGAAAAAGUCAAAUAUGGAG